GCGCGCGACACCGGGCACUCGGCCAUGUCCGCGGAGGGCGCGGGACCCACACCGGGGCCCGAGCCGGGGUCCGAGCCGAGGCCACUGUGCCCCGAGCACGGCCAGGCGCUGAGCUGGUUCUGCGGCUCGGAGCGACGUCCCGUGUGCGCCGCCUGCGCGGGGCUGGGCGGCCGCUGCCAGGGGCACCGCAUCCGCCGGGCGGAGGAGCACGCCGAGGAGCUGCGGAACAAGAUUGUGGACCAGUGUGAGAGGCUGCAGUUACAGAGUGCUGGCAUCACCAAAUAUGCGGCUGAAGUCCUGCCAGGGAAGAACCAGAGAGCAGUGACCAUGGCCAGUGCAGCGAGGGAACUGGUCAUCCAGCGGUUGAGUCUGGUGAGGAGUCUGUGUGAGAGUGAGGAGCAGCGCUUACUGGAGCAGGUGCAUGGUGAAGAGGAGCGGGCCCACCAGAGUAUCCUGACACAGCGUGCACACUGGGCCGAGGCCCUGCAGAAGCUUGACACCAUCCGCACCAGCCUGGUGGGCAUGCUUACCCAUCUGGAUGACCUCCAGCUAAUUGAGAAGGAGCAGGAGAUUUUUGAGAGGACUGAAGAAGCAGAGGGCAUUUUGGAUCCCCAGGAGUCAGAAAAGUUAAACUUUAACGAGAAGUGUACUCGGAGUCCGCUACUCACUCAACUCUGGGCAAUAGCAGUUCUUGGGUCUCUCUCAGGCACAGAGGACAUACGUAUUGAUGAGAGGACCGUCAGCCCCUUCCUGCAAUUGUCAGAUGAUCGACGAACCCUGACCUUCAGUGCCAAGAAGUCCAAGGCCUGUGUAGAUGGCCCAGAGCGCUUUGAUCACUGGCCCAAUGCCCUGGCUGCCACCUCCUUCCAGGCAGGGCUCCAUGCCUGGAUGGUGAAUGUUCAGAACAGUGGUGCCUAUAAGGUGGGCGUGGCCUCAGGCCAGCUGCCCCGCAAGGGUUCCGGCAGUGACUGCCGUCUAGGCCAUAAUGCCUUCUCCUGGGUCUUCUCUCGCUAUGAUCAAGAGUUCCGUUUCUUGCACAAUGGGCAGCACGAGCCCCUGGGGCUGUUGCGGUGCCCAGCUCAGCUGGGUGUGUUGCUGGACUUGCAGGCUCAGGAGCUGCUCUUCUAUGAUCCAGCCUCAGGCACGGUGCUCUACAUCCACCACGCAUCCUUCCCUGGGCCCCUCUUCCCUGUCUUUGCUGUGGCUGACCAGACCAUUUCUAUCAUUCACUGACCUCUGGCUGCAGAGUAGUCAGGUCUACCUUCCAGCCCCUCGUUAGGCCAUGUUUCUAUCCACUAUCCUUUUCCCAAAUGAUGUGAAUGAUGUUUCUAAGGCAAACAGGACCCACACCCAAUGGGCAGCUUUUGGAAGGGGGGGAUCUGCUUCAGAUCUGGGCCCAAACUUUAAAUUUUGGGUAUCCAUGGGGAGUCUGCUGUUCCCAAAUCUACCAUGCAUCUGUCCUUCCAAGGGUGUCUUUGUCUCUGGCAUGGCGCCUGGUGCGUAGAGUGUGUAAUGAAAGGAUGCGGGAUGGCUGGAUAGACAUGGUAGUCUCUGAAAAGGCUCUGCCCCACUUUGGGCAUGUAGAAGUGGUUCUCUCAGAAACCUGGGCUGAAGCUUCUUCCUCCCCUAAGUUCAGUGCUUCUCAAUCUUUUUCAUGAUAUGGCACAUCGAGAACAUAUUUUUUCUAGUACACAAGGACAACAUGAAAGGCUGCUCCUGGUUGGAGGACUCUGGCCUGAGGGGCUAUGUCCUUUACCCAGGUCCUCCUAGGACCUCAGAAGACCAAGAGAUGACAUCUCCAGGUGACCUCACUGUAACACUGCUGUUGGCAUCUGUCUCAAACUGUAACAAUCUGUCUCAAUCUGCAUCUGUAACACUAAGCUCCAGCCUAUGCCCACUGGUGGCAGCUUGAGUUCUCCCACCUGACAGCCUCCUCUGCCCUAAAGUGGAGACCUGAAGUGAGGGCUUCCAGCAGAAAGAGCUGAGGGGUAAGAGGCCAGCCUUGGGGCACAUGGACAUGAUUAAAGGUCUUAAAAACUUCAAAUAUGUCUUCCACCCUCUUUGCUGGUAACUGGGCAUUUGUCUUCCUUACCCUCAUCUGCAUUCUCAGAAACAAGUGGCAGCUUAGCAUAACAAAGAGCCUGGAGACAUUAUUGGGACCAAAGGCAAGUCCCUUCAUGUUUCCCUCUGUGAAUAGAAGUCUCCCAACUUUCACCCAGGAGCAUUCUUCUAAAGCAAUCUUACCUAUAACUCCAGGCUCCUGGGGCUGAAGAGGAUGAGAGCCCCAGCUCAGUUUGAAAAUCACUGUUUAAUCAGCAGAAGUCACAAGGUAAGACUGGUCAGGGUCAGUGGGUAUUGAGUGAAAUAGCCCAAAACUCAGGAAAAGCAACUGCUUGGCCCUAGCCUUAGUGGCUAUGCAGAAAUGUGGACUCAAAUUGGCCAGGAGUAGAGUUGUCUAGACAAACACUGAAAAAUCCCAAUUUGUAUGUGAAAUCUCUUUGUUUUGCUUUUGCUCGAUAGUUCACUUAAAACACUGGGCAGGUCAAAUCCAGUUCACAGAUCAAUUGGCAGUGUUUUUGGUUGAGAUGAUCUCUGAGGCCCUUAGAACUGUGAGAACACAACUUAUGUCCUGUGUCCUCAUCACCUGACAUUUGGGAAUUAUUGCUGAGUCACCUAGCCUUGGUGCCAGUUUCAUAACAGAUCCAGAAGGGACCUUCUGUGAGAUCCUCCCAAACCAUGAACCCAGCUCCCCACAGCAGCCUUUAGUCCCUAGCUCAUGGACCUGCUGCAGGAAUGUCUCCCAUCCCUCAGCCCACCUAAAUGCCACCCCUGCUACCAAUCUUCAACUUGGGGUCCACUCCAGAGCCUUCCCUGCUGUGGGCACCAGAACACACACUGGGUGUGUGCCUAUGUUAACCUGUACUAUCCCCUGUACCUGGCACUGAGCAAGGCAGAGAUAUCCAGUAAAUCCACAGAAGAAAAGUGUGGAAAGACAGGAUAGGCAAGAAAAGAAACAGAACUUCAAAAAACCCAACCCACUUGUUCAGUCUCCCAUUCCCUCUAUUACCGCUACCCUGAGCUAUAGGUUCUUGUUCCCUGUACUUUUCUCCCAUGGGAAUGCCCUUCAAGACUGACACCCUUCAGGACAUAAUUUCCCUGUUCUGUGAACUCAGGCAAUCCACCCACCUCUGCCCCUCAGAGUGCUAGGAUUUCAGGCAUGAGCCACCUUGCCUGG